UAACAUGUGAGAAGAGAAACAAAGUUUCAUCAGAUAAUUGAAAAGAAAAGCAAAUAAAUUUGACAUUAUUAUCUGGUUUGAAGGAUUAGUUUCACGGCUGAAUAAAUAACCGGGCGUUCUGCAUAAUGGCAGCGCGAAUUUUUAAUGCCAUUGGUCGAGUCGGUGUUGGUUUGUUUGUGACUGGAGCUGUAGCACAAUCAGCUCUAUAUAAUGUUGAUGGUGGUCAUAGAGCAGUUAUAUUCGAUAGAUUUCGGGGAAUCAUACCAGACGUUGUUGGUGAAGGUACACAUUUCCUUGUUCCCUGGGUACAGAAACCUAUUAUAUUUGACGUCAGAUCGCGACCCAGGAAUGUUGUAGUUGUCACGGGCAGCAAAGAUUUACAGAAUGUUAAUAUUACAUUACGUAUAUUGUUCAGACCAGUUGUAAAAGAAUUACCUAGAAUCUAUACCAAUUUAGGUGUGGACUUUGAUGAAAGAGUACUUCCAUCCAUUACCAAUGAAGUUCUUAAAGCAGUUGUUGCUUUAUUUGAUGCUGGAGAGUUGAUUACUAAUCGAGAAGUUGUCUCACAGAAAGUCAGUGAAGAAUUAGUAGAGAGAGCUGGUCAGUUUGGUAUUGUAUUAGAUGAUAUCGCUUUGACACAUUUAACGUUUGGUCAAGAAUUCACGACAGCUGUAGAAUCAAAACAAGUUGCACAACAAGAAGCUGAAAGAGCCAGAUAUAAUGUAGAAAAGGCUGAACAAUAUAAAAUAGCAGCUAUCAUCACAGCUGAAGGGGAUGCCAAGGCUGCCGAAUUAUUAGCUAAAUCAUUUGGGGAUGCUGGAGAGGGCAUGGUGGAACUACGUAAACUUGAAGCCAUAGAAGAUAUUACAGUCAACUUGUCCAAGGCGAGAAAUGUGACUUAUCUUCCUUCAGGACAGCAGACAUUGUUGUCGUUACCACAGUGAUGUGGAUAAUAUAUGAACUAUUAAUGAAAAUGUUUAGGUUUUUAGUGUCUGUGUGAAUGAAUUGUUAGUUUAUUCUUCAAUGGCAUAUAAGAAUCACAAGUUAUAAAUAAAUAAGACAACUAUAUUAGUUAAAUACUAUUGUUGUUAAAAUUCCAAUGUGGUUCUCCCACCAUCAUCAGGAAUAUAAUGAUACUUCUAGAAUAUUUAUUACAUUGAAAUGCAAGUAAUAAAUAUUCCAGAAGCAUUUGAAAAUAAUAAUUGUAUUAUGUACUUUUCGUAUGUGUUCUUCUGCUAUAAAAUGAUUCAUUUGUUUUGUUAUAAAAAGGCAUUAAGAAGAGAAAUAUGGAAAUGUUUGUAUAUUACAGUAGUAUCUGUUGUGUUGUAUAAAAUCAUACAACCCAAUGAAAGACACAAAUCAUGCAUUUAUAUUAGAAUUGCUUCCCUUGGAUUAUGGGUUUACAUUGUAGGAUCAGUCUGUUAUUUAGUGCUAUUCAAGCCCUAAAAUUUGCAUUUUUGUAUGGGUCCCAUUAUGUCAAUUGUAUUAUUGUAUAAACUUAAGCAAUUUUUUCAUGGGCAAACUCAAAGUAAUCAUAACGUUUUUUUUUUUGCUGAAAAUUUUAAUCUUCAUAUCAAAGCACAGGUAUUUAUUGCAGAAAUUUGCUUAGCCUAAUAAAAAUCAUCUAGAAAUGUCUAAGAGAACUAUUCAUUAUGAUAUAAUGUUAUACAUUUUGUGUGGUAUGUUUGUAUUGAAUCUGAAUGUGUAACUGACUAAAAAUAAAAUGUCGUUUUGGU